UGUUUAUUCCACCUCUCUGCACGCUCGUCUGCACGCUCGUCCACUUAGAAUUCAUAAACUCGAUCAUUUUAUUGAUGUAAAGUCGUCCUUCAGUAUGCCGCCAAAGAAACGAAAAGAUAACGGCGAUGAUAAAAGUCACAAAAGGAAAAAAACCAAAAGGAAUAAACACGAAGAUGACGACGACGAAGAUGAUUUCAGUGAUGGGGACCAUGGUGGUCCGGUCUUAUUUGACGGGAUUGAUGCUCUGACAGAAGCCGGAGAUAAUGGAGUGGCUGCUGACAGCAAUCUAAAAGUGAUUUUAGAGCCAGAGAAAGAAGUCGGUGAACUAUUAAUCAGUGGGGGAACAAACUGGGACAUGACAGGCAGGAAACAACCUCCUAAAACAAGUCAGUUGACCUCAACAGCGGGCAGAAAUUUGUACGGUCCACACAGAGUUUCAGUAUUAAAAGGAGUUCCCAUCAGAACUAUAGCGUCCGGUUGUUUGGCUUGCCACAGUGUCGUCAUUACAAGCGAAGGAAAAAUUUAUUCAUGGGGACGCAAUGACUUUGGCCAGUUAGGACUUGGGGACAAAGAUCGAAGAGAUGUACCUACUUUGAUUGAGUCGUUCAGUAGUCUGAAUAUUGUAAAAGUUGCUUGUGGAAAAUCUCAUACUUUAUUUUUAGUUGACACUGGGUCAGUGUUUGCGGCAGGCAGCAACUCGUCUGGUCAGUUGGGAUUAGGCAGAGUCAUUCCUCCCAUUGUACCACAUCCAACUAAGGUGCUACAUAAAGGUCCCCCUGUGCAAAUGGUGGCCUGCGGUGGAGAGUUCAGUGUCAUCGUCGACCUCCAGGGCAAUCUCUACAGUUUUGGUAGUCCUGAGUAUGGCCAGUUAGGGCACAAUUCUGAUGGGAAGUAUUUCGUCACCAGUGCGAAGAUGAGUUACGACUUCAAGACACGUCCACAGAGAGUGAUGUUGUUUAUUGAUAAGACCAGGGACGGGCAGAUAACUCCAGUGCAGGAUGUCUCGAUCACAUCCGUCGCCUGCGGACAGAAUCAUGUGAUUGCCCUGGACAAGAAAGGGCGUGUAUUCAGUUGGGGAUUUGGAGGGUACGGACGUUUGGGCCACACAGAAGCCAAAGAUGAAAUGUUACCUCGCCUUAUAAAGUUUUUUGAUGGUCCUAAUCGGGGAGCCACAAUAAUUGGGGCAGGUUCCACUUACUCUAUGGCAGUCUCUCAGACAGGUGUUUUGUUGUUAUGGGGUCAGACAAAGCCCACAGGUGAGGCAGCCAUGUACCCCAAACCCAUCCACGAUUUGUCAGGCUGGAAAGUUCGGUGCUUGGGAUGCUGUCACAAAAGCAUAGUUCUGGCAGCCGACAACAGCCUCAUCAGCUGGGGUUCAUCGCCUACUUAUGGAGAACUUUGCUUAGGAGAGAAUGGCCCGAAAUCGACCUCUACCCCAAUGGAGUCCAAACCCCUGGAGGGCAUAUACAUUGAGAAGAUCUCGUGUGGGUGGGGCCACACCUUACUACUUGCCAGGAAUGUGUCGGAGGAGGAGAAGGCCAAGAUUGAAGAGUUACCUGUAUUCACUUCAUAACAUUCGCAUAUUGUUUUUUGAUAAAGUUUAUAUAUGUGCAUAUUAUAUAUAUAUAAUCGUAUUAUAGAUUUUUAUCUAUAGUUAUGUGUAUUAUGUUUAUUUAUCUAUUUUAUUUGCGAUAUUAUUAAUAGUUAUUCGUUGUAUUAUUAAAUCAAUGAUAUUAAAAAAAAUAAGUUUUUGACUUGUAUUUGAGUUUUUAUACCCACUUAUGACAGAUGAAUAAAUUAACUGUAUUUGAUGACUAUAUUUUUUUCAUUUAUACAAAGCAUUAAGACUACAAAGAUACAAAGAUUUUUUAUUUUUUUGUUAUAAAUGGUUUUCAUUUAUUUGAGUUAUUUCAUCUGGGCUCUGUGUGUGUUUGUUGUGUGUGUUUGUUGUGUGCGUCUGCUGUGUCUUUGUGUUCAAUCAAUCAAUCAAUCGUUAUUCCAUGCCACGCAACAUAUUUUUUUUAAAAGUGAACUAUAUCAACGAUAAACUGAACAAGUAUCCUCAAAUCUAUAUAGCGAUUUUUUUUUUAUUGAUGUCCUGUCGUUAAUAGAUCAAUUUAUAAUGUGAAAUGAAUGAACAUACAUCUUUUAUUAUAUAUCUUUAAAUUGUUUACCAUGUUUUUUUAAUCAGGAAUUUUUU